CCGCACUCCAGUCCCGCAGGUUUCUCUCCUCCGCCAGCUUGUAAUCCAAAUAAUCUCGCGGCUUUUGUCAGCGGGUAUCAAAGUGCAUUAAAGGGAUGCAGACCUCCUGAUACUGAUCUCAGUCUGUCCACUACAAACUACAGCUCCCUUCCUCCCUCUCUCCUCUCCUCUUCCCUUCUCUCCCUCCCAUCGCACUCACACUUCCCCCGCAGCCUCUCUCUGUUUUCUUGGACUGCAGCAGAAAAAUCCGCUGCAUCGCACAAGAACAGAAAGCAGAGAUCUGGCUGCGAUGUCUGCUCCCUCUGUAUCGGUGUAAGUGAGGAGGAAAUCCGGGAACGGAGCUGUUGGACUCAUCGGGCUCGCUGCGAUGCUUUCUGGUUCCCCUGGAAAUUAUUCCCUCUGCUGAGUUCUGAGUGGACAGAAUUCGGAUAGGGUCUCCGUCUGAACUCUGUCUGGUAACGCCCAUCCAAUGGAAGUAGAUAUGAUUGUUUAACCAUUAGUUACCUGGCUGCUGGUUACUUUCUCAAAGCUUAUAAAGCAUCUCACCCUACCUUGAGAUAAAUCAUCAGUAAUAAGUAAAGAGACACUUUAAAUUUACAUUUAGUGCCAACUCUCCUUGUGCCAAGAUGGAUGAAGCACCUAACAACAGGACUUCCUUGGUCAAAGGUGCCAAGGACAUCGCAAAGGAAGCCAAGAGGCAUGCUUCCAAAAAUUUCAACAAAGCUGUUGAUCGUGCCUCUGACGAAUACUCUGCCCAACGCAGCUACAACCGCUUCCACAACGAGGAUGAGGACAACUACAAUGCGUACAAUCAGCCGGAUGGCCAAUAUGGCGACAACGCAGCCAACGACGAGGACGGGGCGUCCAGCGACGCAACUGAGGGCCACGACGAUGAAGAUGAGAUCUACGAAGGCGAGUACCAAGGCGUGCCGGCCUCCAACAAUGAAAAUCCCCGGGAUGGGCAGGUGGCUCUGGGCCUAAAGAGCCUCAAGAGCCAGAAGGAGCUGGAAAACGAGAGGCAGGCCGACGAGGAGGAGCUGGCUCAGCAGUAUGAGCUGAUCAUGCAGGAGUGUGGCCACGGGAGGUUCCAGUGGCAGCUUUUCUUCGUGCUCGGACUGGCGCUCAUGUCUGACGGCGUGGAAGUGUUUGUGGUGGGGUUCGUCCUGCCCAGUGCUGAGACGGACAUGUGCAUCCCCAACUCUGGCGCAGGAUGGCUCGGCAGCAUUGUGUAUCUGGGCAUGAUGUUCGGAGCGUUUUUCUGGGGCGGCCUGUCGGACAAGGUGGGCCGCAAACAGUGCCUGCUCAUAUCCAUGUCCGUCAACGGCUUCUUUGCCUUCCUCUCCUCCUUUGUUCAAGGCUACAGUAUGUUCCUCCUCUGCCGCAUGGUGUCUGGCUUUGGGAUUGGCGGCGCGGUGCCCAUCGUAUUCUCGUACUUUGCGGAGGUCUUGGCCAGGGAGAAGCGAGGCGAGCACCUGAGCUGGCUCUGCAUGUUCUGGAUGAUCGGAGGGAUUUACGCCUCAGCCAUGGCCUGGGCCAUCAUCCCACACUACGGGUGGAGUUUCAGCAUGGGGUCAGCCUACCAGUUCCACAGCUGGAGAGUGUUUGUGGUGGUCUGUGCGCUGCCGUGCGUCUCGGCGGUGGUCGCUCUCACUUUCAUGCCCGAGAGCCCCCGCUUCUUCCUGGAGACGGGGAAACACGACGAGGCCUGGAUGGUUCUCAAACACAUCCACGACACCAACAUGCGGGCCCGAGGAGAGCCUGAGAGAGUCUUCACCGUGAACAGGAUAAAAAUCCCCAAACAGCUGGACGAGCUGGUGGAGAUGCAGAACGAGUCGGCCAACCCGGUGCUUAAGGUCCUCUGCAAGAUCAAGGCUGAGCUCAGAGGGAUCUGGCUGACGUUUAUGAGAUGCUUCAGCUACCCAGUGAAAGAAAACACCAUGAAGCUGGCAGCAGUCUGGUUCACUUUGUCAUUUGGGUUUUACGGGCUGUCGGUGUGGUUCCCGGACGUCAUCAAACACCUUCAGGCUGACGAGUACGCCUCCAGAGUGAAGAUCCAUCACAACGAGCGCAUUGAAGACUUCACCUUCAACUUCACACUGGAGAACCAGAUCCACAGGAACGGAGUCUUUAUGAACGACAGGUUUCUCAACAUGAAGUUCAAGGCGGUGACAUUUAUAGACUCGUCUUUUAUCAACUGCUAUUUUGAGGAUGUUUCCUCAGUGGGAUCCUCCUUCAAAAACUGCACCUUUGUGGACUCUUUCUUUUACAACACGGACAUAGAUGAUGCCAAGCUGACAAAUUCAAGAGUGAUCAACAGCUCCUUCCACCACAACAAGACCGGCUGCCAGAUGACGUUUGACGAUGAUUACAGCGCCUACUGGGUCUACUUCGUCAACUUCCUGGGAACGCUGGCCGUGUUGCCUGGGAACAUCGUUUCUGCUCUUCUCAUGGACAAGAUAGGACGCCUCAGCAUGUUAGGAGGCUCCAUGGUGCUGUCGGGGAUCAGCUGCUUUUUCCUUUGGUUCGGCACGUCUGAGUCCAUGAUGAUCUUCAUGCUCUGUCUCUACAAUGGUCUCAGUAUCUCUGCGUGGAACUCCCUGGAUGUAGUCACCACUGAGUUGUACCCUACAGACAGGAGGGGCACAGGAUUUGGCUUCUGUAACGCCAUAUGUAAGCUGGCAGCAGUUCUUGGCAACCUGAUUUUUGGCUCCCUGGUUGGCAUCACCAAGGCUAUUCCUAUUCUCCUGGCGUCAGCUGUUUUGGUUGGUGGCGGACUGGUGGGCCUCCGACUACCAGACACACGUUCCAACGUCCUCAUGUGAACACCGGCCAAGAAAACGGGUUUACCAGGUUUUUACUCAGCCUACUGAACACUUGGUUUUCAGCUAUUGUUUAUUUAAAUAUCACUGAAACAGUUAUUGCUGCCAUUGCCCAAAUGUAUUUCAUCUAAAAGAAACAAUGCUAAGAAUCGCAACAACUCAAAAUUCAUUACAGGUGAUGAUUGUUCAGUUGAUUCUGAGUAAAAUACCUGGUUAAGAGUCUAAUGCAGUUUUACAGAGCUGUAGAUGUACAGAGAAAGCUUGUAUGGAAAAUUGUCUUACAGAUGCACCAGAUGCCAGUUUUAUGUUUUUCCAGAACUUUUGGUGUUUAAAGAAAAAGUCUCAUCUCUCAUGAGUGGAAAUGAAACAGCAGCUCAUUAGCUAUAAGCUUUUUCACACAUGCAAGCCACAAAGGUGUCAACAAAAGCUGCAAAAGGCUUGGAGCUUCAGUAACCUUUCAUAUCUCCUCCAGUACUGCUCAGAAAGAAAGUAUAUACAGACACAAUUACAUGCUCUAUGACCUAGUCAAUGAGUUUGCACUUUGAGAAACAACACGGCUUUUCAGCUAGUGCUGCAAACGAUCACCAAAACAACAUAAUCAUCAAACAUUGGGCUUUUUAUAUUAUGUUGAUCUGUUAAUCUGCUUUGGAGAAUAGUACUCUUAUUUUAUGUCUCUUGAAUUAUUCAUGCAUGCGCCCCUUGGAAGGCAAAACCUACUUCUAUUGUGCAGUCGUAUUUUGAAAAGUCAGCAGAAAUAAAUAUGGCAGAAAUGAACCAUUUAAAAAAAAAACUAGUUUAAUAUAUUUUGUUACUUUUUAUAGAAUUAUUUUCCACAUAUUGUUGAAGUAUAUUAAGUUUAUUUUUUAUAUAGUACCCUACAAUGACAUCAGUAGUCACCGUUAUAUUAAUAUUGCAAAUGUUCAUCAACAAACUAAAGAAUAUUUAUUAGAAGUUGGAUAGAUUAAGAAUUACAAGAGAUGACUAGUAGUGUCAGUCUUCUUACAAAACCUUUACAUUAACAGCUUGUCUGUUUUAUUAUUAAUUUAUUAUUUAUUUGUCAUAGCAGGAGCAGAUGUUAUGGUCAAAAUAAAAUCAAUAUAACAAAACUUCUCCAAAGCAGUCCUUUAUGAGGAACCUCUAGAGUAAAUUCCAUUGUGCAGAAAUUGAGCUUUCAUAAUUUUGCACUGAUGUAGCAUCUCAUCAUUUGAAAAGACGUGAACGUUACAGUAUGGUGAAAAGAGAGUCUUUUCCACAUGUCUCCAUGUUCUACAGUCUGCUGAAGUGUUUACUGACUGCUGGAGCUCCGUGACUGACUGUUUCUGUAGCAAAGCAGACUGCUGCUCUACUGUGACACCCAGUGGCUGUUUUCUAGGAUUGCACAUUAUGACCUCAGAUUUGAAGAAAAAAAAAAAUU